UCUCUCUCUCUUUUCCACCAGACCAGCUGAGCUGAGCCACCACCUCCUCGAUAUAUUCCCCGCAAGCCCACACCUUCCUCUCAAUUUCUCCCAUUCUCCACUCCACACCCGUCCCGUCUGCAUCUACCCGCCACUUCCUCCUCCUCCUCCGCCUCUCAGCUUCUGCUCUUCCUUGUUCUUUGGCCCGCGAGCUGAUAUCUGCAGUUUGCAACCGAGAAGAGAAAAAAAACGAACCGGGUUUUUUUUUAGGUCGGCGGGCGGCUAAAGAAAGAAGGGAGCUUUUUGGGUAAAAAUUUAGUCUUGUUUUUUUUUCCUUCGCUGGUUGGGGUUGGGGUUUUCAGGGAUGGGGGGAAAGGAGGGGCUGCGUCAACUGGCCCGAUUCCCAUCGCUCUGAACUUGAUGGAUGCAUCUGUGAACGCCAAGAAGAUUAGUUUCUGUGGGAACACUGGUCAUAGCCGCUGUGGUGAAGUUCAUCGACCUGCCUGGCCCUGUCGUAUGCGGGAUCACUCCUUGAACAGAAGCAACCCCUUCUUACUUCAGGUUGUCUGGUUUGCGUUUCCAUUUAAGUAUAAAAGGACCUGUAUUUGGCAUGGGCUUUAAGUAGCAUUUAAACCUUCAAAGCAUAGUUUGACAGCAAUAUACACUACAAUCGGUGUUAUACUUCUGUUGAAAAAGAUGGUGGAUGAGGAACUGUUUGAUAAGAGCUCCAAUGAUCACAGCAUCAGUUCUGAGGAAGAAGACAUGCUUGUCAGGAGUUAUAGCAAUCUCAACGUCAGCUUUGGAUACCAUUGUAAUUCUUAUCAGUGUUUUUCUCUAGACACUGAUGAGUAUGACAUCUCUCCCAACAAGAGGCUUGAAACUAAUACCAUGAUGACAUCACAAAAUGGAUCCUUCACUUGUUUGUCUGGUGCUGCGAUUAGUGCCAAUUUCACGCUGGCCAAUACAAACAUUUGCAAGGGUCUUAUCGGGGAAGAAAUUUUACCAGAACUAGACUCUCCUAAUUCUUUCAGAAAAAUUGUUUCAUCCCCAUCAAUGUCAAGAUUGGACUUGUUAUCCACCUCACAAGGCAGCCCUGUAUCGACUGAGAGCUCUAUAUUUGAAAUCAGUAAAAAUAUCUGGAGGUCCAGUGCCCCAACUACUGUCUCAUCCAAUUUUCUGACAAGUACAGAGAUAAAAAUGGCUGGUGGAGCUGCUGGAGAGGAUAGAGUCCAAGCUGUGUGCUCUGAGAAGAAUGGAUGGUUGAUUUGUGGAAUAUAUGAUGGAUUUAAUGGACGAGAUGCAGCUGACUUUUUGGCAGUAACUUUAUAUGAUAAUAUAGUAUAUUACCUAUAUUUGUUAGAGUGCCGGAUUAAACAAGAAAAUGGUCUAUAUGGUUCACCAGAGGGCUCUCUUAAUGGUGUUAAAAGUGAGUUAACACUGGCCAUGAGAUUUGCAGAAAAUGAAGAUGUGAAAUUUUCUGAAACAUUUCGAGCUGGUGUGCUUAAGUGCCUCACUACUGCUGUUGAGCAAGCUGAAAAUGACUUUUUAUGCAUGGUUGAACAAGAGAUGGACGAUAGACCAGAUUUAGUAUCAGUUGGGUCUUGUGUUCUGGUUGUGCUUCUACAUGGAACAGAUUUGUGCAUCUUAAAUCUUGGGGAUAGUAGAGCUGUGCUUGCUUCAGUGCCGUCUUCAGGAAUGGAUAAAUUGAAGGCUGUUCAAUUGACUGAGAUCCACUCACUUGAAAAUCCAUUGGAGUACCAAAAACUUUUAGCUGAUCAUCCUAAUGAGCCAUCAGUUGUGAUGGGUAACAAAAUAAAGGGGAAGCUGAAGGUUACUCGUGCUUUUGGAGUUGGCUAUCUAAAACAGAAGAAGUUGAACGAUGCACUCAUGGGAAUUCUCCGAGUUCGUAAUUUGUGCAGCCCGCCUUAUGUGUACACAAAUCCUCACACAGUUAGUCAUAAAGUCACAGAGGAUGAUUUGUUUGUUGUGCUUGGUAGUGAUGGCUUAUUUGAUUUCUUCAGCAAUGACGAAGUUGUUCAGUUGGUUUAUCAAUUUAUGCAUGAUAAUCCAAUUGGUGAUCCUGCAAAGUAUCUCAUUGAGCAACUUUUACUUAAAGCAGCGAAGGAAGCAGCUUUAACAGCUGAAGAAUUGAUGAGGAUACCUGUUGGGAGCAGGAGAAAGUACCACGAUGAUGUUACCAUCAUUGUUAUCAUCCUUGGAAAUGCUCAAAGGACAAUGACAGCGUCAACUUCACUCUGAAGAUGCAGAAUUCAUGCAACAAGCUUAUCAACUGGUAAAAAGUUUUGCGGAUGUUCGCAUAUGAAUGUGUUUUAGGAAUCUCGUGUGAUAGUUAAUAAACGAAAUGAUGUGUAUAUAUCCAUCUGGAGUUUUGGGAGUGACCAGCCCUUUUGUUAGAUCAAAAGGUGGACGGCAAAUUUGUUUGUCAUAAUUUUGCACAUGACUUAAACACUGAUGCUCUUCUGUGGCAUUACAAUCAGAAGAGCAGAAUGGAAUAGUCUGAAGCUUUCAUUAGCUCAUGUUGUUAUAA